AUGCCUCCGAGCGGCGGCGGGAAAGCCAGCGUGUACGGAAAGCAGGACUCGAUCCGCGCAAAGUCUGGCACAAAGCGACGCUUCAACGCAGGGGCCGGCGCCGGCCCCGCCACCACCGCAGCCAAGCCCUUCGGCGGCCCGUCAUCGUCUGGCUCGCUCGCUUCCUCGCUCGCAUCGCUCUUCCAGCCAUCACCUCACGGAAAGGAUGCCGCACUCGCUUCGCUCCUCGCUUCAUCGUCGAAACCUUCACUCGACCUCACCGCCAGGCAGCCAAGGGCAAAGGAUCAAGGCCUCGGCCUCGGCGCGCUCGAAGCCGCCCCUCCAAGUGCAAGGGAUGCUGCUGCGCAAAGGGCAAAGGCAAAGACCCAAGCCACUCAUCCUGCGGCAGGUGCUGACCUGACCGCAUCAGCCGCUCAGCAGGUUAAGCGCAGCGGCUCGACGCAGCAGCAGCAGCAUGCGCCAAAACCAGCUCCGAUCUCUUCAAAGAGUGUUGCGGGCGAGCCAGGACCUUCGAAUACCGCUGCGGUUGCGCCCUCUGCCCCUUCGGCCGCCUCUGCCCCAUCCGUCUCGCAUGCAACCGCUCUCAACCUCUUGCAGGCAUCCUCGGCCAGUCCUUCGCCGCGCGGCACACCUCAGCCUCAGCAGCAGCCCGCUUCUUCCGGCUCCAGCAGGCCCGCCAGCCUUGGCAGCAGCGCCGCGCCAUCGCGCCUCUCGACACCGCAGCUCGCCCCUCCGCCCCUGCCUGCCGGCCGCAAGCCAGUCUUUCGUCCGGUGCUCAACAGCCCGCUGAUGGUCAACUGGCCCGAGCUUCCCCAGGCCGCGUCCCAGACCAUUCUCCAUACCCUGCUCGACCUCCUCGGACAUCCCGAAGUGCAGCCGCACCUUGCAGCGUCGUUUGGCGGAUGCCGCAACAAGGACAAGGGCAAAGAGAAGAGCAAAGCCAAAGCCAGGAGUAAGGACAAGGCUGCAGAUGCUUCCGCGGUCGCGGAGAGGCAACCAAAGAGACGCCGCACCGCCGCCGUCGGACACGAGGACGCCGAUGCCGGCGCCGGCGCCGGCGCGCUGCAGAAGCAGCGGCCGUGGUUCCUUGCCGGCCUCAAUUCGACGACACGAGCGCUGGAGAGGUCGGUGCAGGAGAGCGUCGUCUCCUCUAGCGCCAAGGGAGACGAGACGCAAACCGAUCCGACGGCGACAGCGGUGGUCGCAGCAGCGGCAGGGCCAACGACCAUUACCCAUGUCUUUGUCUGCCGGCACGACAUCUCGCCGCCCACGCUCGUCGCCCACUAUCCGAUGUUGGCGUGCACGGUGAAUGCCAUCUGCCACUCGAUGACGCCGAGCGAAGGGCUUCACCUCGUCCCGCUUCCGCUCUCGUCGACCUCGAUGCUGGCAGAAGCCGUGGGGCUGCACAGCCUCACCAUCCUGGCGCUCACGUCGCACAUACCGGCACACCUGCUCGAGGCGCUCGAUCGCUCCAUCUCGGCCGCCUCGUCGACUUCGCCUCCGCGCUCCGAGACGGUGCUGCGUCGAGACUGGAUGGAGUCGGCCGUACAUGCCGCCCGAUCCGUCGGGGGGUCCAAGGCGUUCCCCCUCGUACCGGUACCGCAACCGACAGCGGGCGUGCAGGUGGCGCCGACGUCGAUCAAGCUGCUCCGAACGACGCAGCCCGUCGAUCUGAACGCGUGCCGAGUCGAAAAGAGGCGGAAGCGGACCGAACGCAGUCUGGCGGCACGACGGAAGAGGGAGCUCGAGUACGUCGCUCGCAAGUCGUCGCUGCUCAGUCGUCUCGGCGGCGGGUCCAAGCAGCGAAAGCAGCGGCGACACCCUGCGGACCCGUUCGUCAUCCCGACCGGUGCCAAGUCGGGUCUCGGGCUCAAUUCGAGGCCGAUCAAGCCGUUCAGGACCAAUAGCAGGGCGAGGAAGAGCGUCCUCGCCCCCUCUGAGAGCGGAUUGAGCGACAAGGCCCGACGCAACCAGCGCAGGAGGAUCAAAGUCAAGGCUCGAUCGGCUGCGAUCAAUGACGCUUCCGCCGCCGCCGCCACACAGGCUCCGGCUGCAAGGUAG